AUGUACCUAUCGCGAUUGGAUACAGAAUACAUCAUUCCAACGAUCGAGUAUAUCGAAGAAAGCAUUCGUCAGCCGGAGGCACUGAAGACUCUAUCUCAGCAGAACUAUGAGAAGAAUCUGUACAUGAUCACGGGCAUCAAAACAGCUAUCGGAGGAGCAAAGAUCAAAACCAUAUUAUCCAAGAAGAAAGGGAUGAAGCUGAAGAUAGGGGCUGACUUGACGUCUUUGGGGAUACCGAUACAAGCUGGGCCAAUGUUAGAGCCCUCGAGCUCGAACAGUGAAGGCACUGCGUUCUCAGACUCGAGUGAUUUCGUCUUCGCAUAUCGCCUCAGGGAGAUAUACUACAGUCAGAAAAGUGGGGUGAUCAAAACAAAGGAUUAUACGAAGGGUGCCGCUUAUGGAAUGGAGAAAGACUUGCCUAUCUUCAGGGAUAAAGAAGAUGUGGUGGAAUUCGAGGAUGAUUUUAACGUUGAUGGGGUUGCCGAUGAGGAUUUGAAGAAAGGCGACCUGCGAGAGCUCGGUCAGCCUUGGUCAGCGGUGGAUGAAGAAGAUGGUGAGGAGUGUGAGUGUUAUCAUUUAUCCGUUGAGAGCUCAGAGUAA